AGGCCGGAGCAGCGGAGCGAGAGCCCCGCCUGCCAUGAUGUCGUCGCCGCCCCCACCACCGCCCUCGUCGGGGCGCCGCUUCGACGCGUCGGACCGGGCGGCGUGGUACGCGGGCCCGCUAUCGCGGGCGGAGGCGCAGGGCCGGCUGCAGGGCCAGCGGCACGGGACCUUCCUGGUGCGCGACUCGUCCACCUGCCCCGGCGACUACGUGCUAUCGGUGUCGGAGAACGCGCGCGUCUCGCACUACAUCAUCAACUCGCUGCCCGGGCGGCGCUUCAAGAUCGGCGACCAGGAGUUCGAGCACCUGCCGGCCCUGCUGGACUUCUACAAGGUCCACUACCUGGACACCACCACCCUGCUGGAGCCCGCGCCCAGGUAUCCACUGAUGGGUUCUGGUCCUGGCUCUGGUGCAUCAGCUGCAGAGGAAAAUGUGGAAUAUGUUCGGACUCUUUAUGACUUUCCUGGUAACGAUGCGGAGGAUCUACCAUUUAAAAAGGGGGAGAUACUCGUCAUUGUAGAAAAACCCGAAGACCAGUGGUGGAGUGCCAGAAACAAAGACGGGCGGAUUGGGAUGAUCCCUGUUCCUUAUGUUGAGAAGCUUGUGAGAUCCUCACCUCAUGGGAAGCAUGGAGGCAGGAAUUCCAAUAGCUAUGGGAUUCCUGAGCCCGCUCAUGCCUAUGCUCAGCCUCAGACCUCGAGCCCUCUUCCCAGCGCCACUCAUACUCCUGGGGCUGUCAUCAACCCCUUGCCUUCGACCCAGAAUGGACCAGUCUAUGCCAAAGCCAUUCAAAAGAGGGUUCCCUGUGCUUAUGACAAGACUGCCUUGGCAUUAGAGGUUGGUGAUAUUGUGAAGGUCACAAGGAUGAAUAUCAAUGGUCAGUGGGAAGGAGAAGUCCAUGGAAGAAAAGGGCUCUUCCCCUUCACACACGUCAAAAUAAUCGAUCCUCAGAAUCCUGAUGAAAAUGAAUGAUCUGCUGGCCCAUCUCUGCAUUGCUGCUUCCUUUUUCUGGCUAUCUUGAGCAUCAUUUGAAGUGUGAUGGUUGCUGAUGGUACAUCCUAUGGAUUGCCAGUCGCUCAUGUUUCCAUCUUGCAAUGAUUUAACAGCCUGACCAUGUCUCUUUUGGGAACGCACCUGGUAGUCCGGUAUUUGCAGUUUCUCCUAGAAGGUUUUUUGACUGUGAGCUGAUUGUGGUGCUAUCUAGGCAGAGGGGGAGGGAUCAAGACAUCCAGCUGAAAUGGAUAUUUUACUCAGAAAGAGAAUUCUAAACAAUUUUGUCUAAAUCCAAAUUUAUGAGGCAUGGAAGAUGAGAGCACAUAAUCAUGUUAAACAAUUAUGUCUUUAGGGAAUUAUUGAUGCAUCUGUGCUACAAAGAAGGGUUUAUUUGAGUCAGCCAUUGAUUUAGAAUAAAUUGUAGCAAACUCUUGAAAACUACAUUUCCUCAUUGUCAUCUUUAUAACCAUGUAUAAUUGAUUCAUUUGCCAUAUACCUGCCUAAACCUCUGUUUGAUUCAGAUUUAUUUAGAUCUGAAAUGAUACUUCAGGCACUAAAUACUUUUUAGAAGAAACUUAUGCAAGCUAUGUUGAAACUACAUUUAUCCCUUUAAAAUCUUUUUUUAAGCAAAAACAAAGCAUUGAUAAUCAGUUACAUAGAAUGCAACAAUAACGCAAAAGAUACUCUUGGGCCUUUGUUUUCUGCAUGGGGACGCAGGAGUACAAAGUCAUGGCAAAAUCAUUUCUCUGCGCUAAGUCUAAACACAAUGAAAUAUGAUAAUGAAGAAACUUGAAUGUUGGUUAUAGCAUGUGAAGACCUUGACUCCCUGAGUGAUGUUUUUGAAAGUUCACUGAUGCUGGUCUCUUGAGCGGUUGGACCUCAGGAGUGACACGUCUAACUUAGUAUUCAAGUGCCUUAAUCAGAGGAUGACAGGUGCUGAAGGGGAUGGCGGUUGGAGCAGUUUGGUCUAGAGAAAAACCUUUUCAGAUCAGCAGCAGUGCUGGGCUGAUGAUCUGGGGAAAGGACUGUAAAUUAGACUUGCCUGGAUACUUUGUAAUGGACCAUAAUGUGGCUGUUCUAUUAAGUGCCUGGGCACAUUUGAAUGACUGUCAUACUACUGAGCUUUGUGUUAGGAAUAUUUAACCUGUACUAAACAUUCAUCUGCCAUACAAUAAUUCUGCCGCACAGCUGGCCUAAUUCUAUGAACAAUCCUUCAGGACAUUACCUCAGCCGUGUGUGAAAGUUUUGCCUCAAUGAGCUGCAGGGUGAGCAAGGACAUCUGGAGUUGAGCUAGUGAUGAUUCUGCUGGGCUACCUGUGAAACAGCCGACACUUUCCCUUUUCUUUGGCUAGCUCCCCCCUCAGUUGCUUUCUUGCUAAGCGGAGGUUGAGAUUUGAUAGACAACUGUGCAAUUAAGUCUUGAGCAGGAGAAGCCGGCAGUCAGUGGCCUUCACACCCAUCAAGAGUAGACUUGGAACAGCUUUGAUCACAGCUGGGGAAGACAGUUCAGGCGCAGUUUACUAAAUUGAUGGUACAUUUCAAUGACAUCCAGAUGUUGGCUCCAUGGCUGCUUUUUUCUCUGUCUUGUUCUUUCCUACCUAGAGAGGUUGGAUGUGUUUCUGAUUGUGAAUGUCACAAAAGAUGAACUGUCCUUGCUGUUUGCUUAGGACUAUUCAGAAACGUUCAGAGAGCCUCCUGUGGAAACCAGCUACGCUCUGCAUAAUUUUGAAGAUUUUUUCUGCCUGUGCUUUUUCAUGUAAGGCAUUGAAAGCCUUGAAGUGGAAUCCUUGUACUCAGAAAUUAGUUUGCUCUUUGAGCAGGAGGAUGCAUACCGUGCCCAAUGGCUGCGGAAGGUCUUCCGUUUCUUCAUUGCAACAAUUGAUGCCUCAGGUUAGCAGGGAAGUCCUAAGAGCUCUCCCUCGCCAAGAAAGUCUGGACUCAGAUCAAGGAAGGUCUUGCAGGUUGUCUUCUUCAGGAGUGAAAAGCAUUUGUUCUGAUAUUUCAUAUAUGUUUUUAUUUUACUUUGCUGGUGGGAGGGGGGAUGAAAUGUUGUAGAAUGAGAAUAUUUGAACACUGGUUUGGCUGCCCCGCCAGGAAUACAUUUUUCUGGUGUCUCUCCAACUGAAGGGGAUAGCUGGUUGCCAUUCUGUGGUGGGAAAGGGUAGUCUGAAGUUCACACAUCUUUUAAGUCAAUGAAGCAUCAUUUGAAUUCUGGGCCGUUUGGGGAGGCGGCUCCCUGGGAAGAGCUGGGGAUGCCUAGCUGAAAUAGGCAGUAUAAUGAUAUGUGGGAAAGGCCUCGGGGUGAGUGUAUGUGAGAUGCGGACUAGGGACAGGAUAAACCACUGGAUAACCCAGCUGCACGGGUGGAGCAAGAGGUUUAGAAGGCUCUCCUCGCUAAUUUAUCAGUCUGUAAAGGAGACUGGAAUAUUUGUACUUUCAGACUUGCAAGAUUCUAUUAACGUAGCUUUACAAGGUUUUUAGGCCCAAACCCAAAGAUGACACAGUGAAAUCCUAUUAACUCCAAUCCUUUAUUAUCUACUUCUAAUGGCAGAAUCUUGCCAAACUAAAGCUAUGACUUUCUACCUUAAUAGGGUGGGUGGACUAGAAGACCUCCAAGGUCCCUUCCAACUGUUUAUCCUAAGAGAUUCUUGGUGUGGAUACCCUGAACCACUUCCUUACUCCCUGGCAAAGCUCUGCUUCUCCAGGUGUACAUUCCACCACAGAUAGAAUAAGCUUAUUUGGUCAUGUUUCCUGUCUGGUCUACCAAUAUCUAGCUUGCAAUCUUCCUUCCAUCUCUCUACAGCCGAAGAAAUUAGGGAGAUUCCCUCCCGAGCCUCUUGCUCUGCCCUCUAUUGCCUGGGCUGCCUCUCCUCCCUGUGCCUCAAGGUCCUUCUCGCACACCACUGCAGGCUGCCAGUCCACUUCUUUGGGCCGAAAGAGGUGGACUGAGGCUCUUGCUCACCAGGGACCGACUCCUGAGAUUUGUGGGCUUUGAGUCCCGAGAGUUUGUCAAGGAUUUUUAUUUUAUGCUACAAAUUAACAGUAUUAAAUAUAUUUUUAGAACACGUGAAAUGUGUUAAAAUUAGUGCCUUUUUGUUUUCUUAAUAUAAUUCACUACUGGUCCCACAUCGAGCAAAGGAGUUCCGUGCCCUGUUUGUAUUACUUUCAAUAAAACAUGCAUCCUGUUUGCAGAA